UCCGGACCAAUGCGACAACAUUCUCGAUACUCAGAUCUGUGGAAGACAUAAUACUCGUCACGGAUGGGACUCGACUGCGCGCGUCGCUAAGAUGCCGGGUGUAAUCGCCGGAUCUCAGCACGAUGAUCUCACAGGAGCUGUUCAGCAAAUAAUACUGUCCUCCUCUGAAUCCGACUACAUCGACCAACUCAUCCCACUUCUCAAGAAUGCCGAAACGCACAACCAAGUAACCCCUCUAAUACACGCUCUCAAUCAUGUCUCUGCAGAUCGUGAGGCACAGAUCGAGAAGAUCUGCAACUCCAACCACCAGGAAUUCAUCAGCAGUGUCAACCAGCUGCAGUCCGUCCGUGAGGGAACUGUGACUCUGACCUCGGAAAUCAUGGAGCUUAGCCGCAGCAUUGAGGCCACCACUGAGAAACUCGCUGAGCAUAAGAAAGCUCUCGUUGACUCUCGCGGUAUCCGUCAAAACAUCGAUGAUGCUACUCAGGCGUUAAAAGACUGCCUUGAGGUGUUGCGGCUGGCAAAUCAGGUUCACGAUCUCCUCGGGAAGAAGAACCAUUACGCCGCUCUCCGCGCUUUGGAUGAGCUGCAGAAUGUCCACCUCCGGGAAGUCACCAGGUACAAGAUCGCAGAAAUGAUCGAGCGGUCUGUGCCUGCCACUCAGCGGCUUAUCGCGGAUGCUGUGAUGAUGGACCUCAAUACCUGGCUAUACCGGAUUCGAGAGACAUCACAAUUUCUGGGCGAAGUCGCAUUCUAUCACACCGAAAUGCGCCGGACUCGACAAAAGGAACGUGGCGAGAGGAGUGAGUACCUUGGUACUUUUAAGCUGAACUCCGCCGUGGAACUGGUCGCCGACGAGCCGGAGGAGUUUGACGUACUCAACAAUGAGGAAGUACAAGUGGAUUUCUCUCCACUAUUUGAGUGCCUUCACAUACACAACGCUCUUGGAGAGACCGAGAAGUUCCGCGCCGACUACGCAGCCACUCGCCGGAGGCAAAAAGACCUUCUCAUACCGCAGACCAUCAACCUUCUAGACGAGGAGAGUAGCAGUCUCAGCAGUCUACUUGAGGGCAUUGCCGGAUUUGCGAUCGUGGAGAAGGCUACCCUGCAGAAGACGGAGAAUUUCCGCGCACAGAGUGAUAUCGACGAGCUCUGGGAGAGCAUGUGCCAAUCAGCUGUCACACUCAUCAGCAGCGCGCUGCAUCAAGUCCAAAACGACAGCACGCUCCUCAAGAUCAAGGGAGUGAUUGCAUUGUUCAUCCAGACGAUGGAUAGCUGGUCGUAUCCUGUCAAUAGUCUUGACAGUCUGCUGCUCACAUUGUUCGACAAGUACAGCUCAAUCUUGAAGACGAGAUUUAGUGAUGACUUCCAGGAGAUCAUCAGCACGGACGACUACAUGCCCAUGCCCGUCAAUACCGUCGAAGAGUACGAUCGAGUUGUCUCCGUCUCGUGGUACACGCCACCAGAAGGACAAGAGAAUCCCGAAGAGCUCACAUACCCAUGUGUCCUCCCAUUCAGCCAGAUGUACCCGCUCGUCUGCAUCGAUAUCCGCAACUUCCUCAACCAAAUCUACCUCUUCUCCGACGAUCACUUCCGCCAUACUACUGUCAUCGACAAGACUCUCAAGGAGAGCUUGGACGAGCUUCUGGUGCACAAAGUGUGCGGCAGUCUUGUGGAGAGGCUCUCAUCUCAGUAUCCAGGCCAGAUCGUGCAAAUCCUCACCAACCUUGAUCAUCUCGAACAGGCAUGUAGAGAACUGGAAAAUCUGCUCGUCUCAGCAAGAUCAAGCAGCAGCGCCGCUGGACCAAUCAAACUCAACGCCACAAAAACAUUCAAUGAUGCGAAGAAGAAAGCCGAGAAACGCAUCUUCGAGCUGGUCAACAGCAAGAUCGACGACCUGAUCGAAACCGCCGAAUACGACUGGCUCAGCACAUAUAUCCCUGACAGCGCCAGCCCGUACAUUCAAGAAUUGACUCGAUACCUCUCCAACAUCAUGAGCAGUGUCCUGUUGGGUCUCCCCGAAGGCAUCAAAGAGCUCAUCUACUACGAAGCCCUCAAACACAUCAGCAACGCCUUGAUGUCCCUUCCACUCGACCCGAACGUCCGGCGCAUCUCUCCACAAGCCGUCACCGCUUUCAAACUCGACAUCGACGAUCUGGUUGAAUUCGUGGAAGCUCUGCCUGAAGCCUCCAUGUUGAUCGGCAGUCUCAGCCAACUUCGCCAGACGACUGAUCUGAUGACCUUGGCGGCGGAUGGCAAGGGUGAGGAGUUCUUCGACUCGUCCAAGUCGAAUGAGAGGUUCAGCGAGGUGGAUAAGAUCAAGGGUGCGGAGUUGCUGGAGAAGGUGUUCCAGCAGACGGAAGCGGCGCCGGUGAGAAAGGAUCGAAUGUCGCUGUUGGGCGAUAUUCAGGAGUUGUCGAAGAAGCCUAGUAUGCCUCAUUUCGGCGACUUCAGGGAUCGGUUGGGGCAGUUUACGAAGAGGGAUCGGAACUGA